AUUCUCUGCUGCGAAUUCUCUGUUGUGAGUGACGUCAAAAGAUGGUAGACAGACUUGUGAACAGUGAGGCAAAUGCCAGGCGAAUAGCCAUGGUUGAGAGUUGCUUCGGAAGUUCCGGACAGCCUCUGGCCAUCCUGGGACGUGUCCUCGUGGGCGAGGGUGUUCUCACGAAGAUGUGCCGCAAGAGGGCAAAAUCCCGCCAGUUUUUCCUCUUCAACGACAUCCUGGUGUACGGGAACAUUGUGAUUGGGAAGAAGAAAUACAACAAACAGCAUAUUAUUCCCCUGGAGGAAGUGCAACUUCAGGGUCUCGAAGACAAUGCACAAUAUCAGAAUGGAUGGCUAAUUAGGACCACAACAAAAUCAUUUGCUGUUUAUGCUGCCACGAGCACCGAGAAGCAGGAAUGGAUGGCGCACAUUAAUAAAUGCAUCGACGAUCUUCUCCGUAAGAGUGGCAAGAAGCCAGUGGUGAAUCAUGCGGCUGUUUGGGUGCCGGACAAUGAAGCGGCUAUUUGUAUGCACUGCAAGAAAACUCAAUUCACCAUGAUCGUCCGAAGGCACCACUGUAGGAAUUGUGGAGCUGUAGUUUGUGGACCGUGCUCUUCGAAGAAAUUCCUACUGCCGCAUCAGAGCUCAAAGCCGGUGCGCGUUUGUCUGGAUUGCUAUGACACUCUGAGUCACACAAAGACGGAGCAGACCAAGAAUGCCGCGGCCCCAAAUUCCGCUGCAAACUCCGCACCAAAUGCCAAGUCCAACAAUAACACUCAAGACAGCUCCGGAGAAGAUGAUUCUGAUGAUGAUGAAGAACAGAAGGAGACACACGAUGAGCCAAAAUUCUACGGUGAUGGUGACAAGAAUGACGAGAAGUGAAGCUUAUGGUCAAUCAUUCAUCAUGGAUUUGGUUUGAUAUAAGAACCAACCAAAAUAAUCCCCCCUUUUCUUUCAGUUGGACAUUUUCCCAGGGUUUUCAUUUCGCAACUUUUAUAAUUAAAGAUAAAAAUUGCUAUACUAAAAAGUUCCAAAAAAAAAAGAAUUUGUUGCGGUUUCAUUUUUCUACAACGGCGAUGAAACUCAAUAGAAAGUGAGGAUAGAUUUUAAAAUAAAAGUAUCUUAUUGUAAUUUCUUAUAAAAAAAAGAAGCUCUUAAUAUUGUUGCAAUUUUAUUAUUCAUUAAAGAAAGAAGCAAAUCUAGUUUAAGAAAUGCACCUUCUUUCAUCAAAUCAUUUUUUUUUUCUUCUAUUUCCUUAUACCCUUUUUAAUCCCCACACGAAUAUCGAGAUAAAUAGAUUUCUUUAAAGAUAAUAAAAGAAAAGCGAUUUAAUUUAAAUGAAAAAGAAAAAUUAUUGUCACUUGGUUGAAAUUCUCCGAAGGAGUUUAGUUGAAAGUAGAAGUAAAUUUUUAUUUCUAAGGAAUAAUGAGUGUUUUUAGUUCUGAAAAGCAUCUGAUGAAUUAAAUCGGAUUUUGUAAAAGUGUAGCAUAUAAAAAAAAUUGAAAAAUAAAGAGGAUAUUUUCUAUUAAAA